CGCGAAUUACAAUAAGAUUGAUUAUAACGGUAUUAGGCUAACCAGAGGCUUGUAUCGGGUUAAACAUUUUAGCGCCAUUUAGAACAAAGACAAUAAAGUAAUAUAAAUUGAUAGCAUUUUUAAAUUUUUAUUCCAUAAAAUUGGCUAGUGCGUCGCCAUGCUGUCUGGGGAAAUCAAUUUAGCUGGGUUUUGAAAUUACCUGGAAAUAUUCACAAUUCAAAUCAAACUGACUGCUAACUGCAACUUGUUGAGGAACGUUGUGCGAUCUUGCGAAAAUUGAACUGAGCUUAGAGGAUAUUAAAAAUAUACAAAUAAAAUUACAAAACCUAAAACAACUAAAAACCUCAAGAACAAAUUACACUCAAUAAAUUGGUUUAUUUCAAAAACGCAUAACCAUGUCUACAAUUGCUGCGGACCCUGACUAUAGCAAACAGCUUGAGAAUCAAAUGGAAAAUAUGCGUAUUUAUUUAGAGAAGCUAGUACAAAGCGAUGAAGUUGAUGAGUCUAUAAAUGGUCAUAAAGUCGAAAAGGUACAAGGAUUCGCCGGAAUACCAAAUUUAAUCCAGAGAACACAUCCAGAUGACAUCACUCAUGAUUCAUAUCUACAGCCAGCUCCUUUGUUGUCUGGUGUAGUACAACCGACAACAGCCUAUAAUUACGGCCUCGUGGGUGCUUCUCCGCAAUAUACUAAAACCAUGAUAACAAGUGUUUUAGCCAAUCCUUCAAAUUUAAAAAGUUCCACUCCAAAAUUUGUCAAUUACUGUUGCCCAAGAACAAGAAGGCGCAUAAGCAACAAACAACCAGAUAUUGAUCCUGAUACUUCGGGCAUUGAUAUUGAUGCCACUAUGAUUGAGCUCGGUCUAACACCAGAAGCGCUCACCAAAAAUAGAGUUCAUAAACUCUUCUCUUUAUUUAGCGACUUGGAAUUCUCCAUCCAUGCGGAAUUUAUAACCACUACUGUUUAUGAUGAAAAGACAAUUCCAAACACAUUGAGUGUAUCGGCCCAAACUAAAUAUGCCGUAUGGAGCAGUCAUAAAUUACUUCGCAGUUUACGUGAAGUACUUAAAAGACCUAUGCCAGCAGAGUAUAAAUCAGCUUAUGCCAAAUGUGAAGAAGCUUUGGGGCAGCUUCAGCAAGCUAUUACGAAUUUGGAACGUUUUAAAUAUUGCACGUUAGAGCAUCGUAAAGGAGACUUUAUUGCACCGGAUGCCGAAGAAUAUCUCCAACCACUAAUGGCCGCUUUGAAUCAUUUAACUGAACGUGUUGAAAAAACCCGAAUGUACGUUCAAGUUUAUGAGCGAGCACUUAAUGCUCCAGAGCGAUAUAAGGCUGCUCUUCUUGCCAGUCGUGAGGAGGAUCAUCGUCAACCUUUACCCGAAGAAAGGUCUACAGAAGCUACCACCAGUAACAACCGUCCACAGGUGGCCCGACGUUACAUUGGUUGAAAACUUUAAAAAACUAUAUCUAUUAUCUACCAUAUAUACUUUAUAUUAUUUAUACCUACAUACAUACGUACAUCAUUAUCUAUAUAUAUUUAUUUAUUAAAAUAGUUUUUUAGUCAAAUUAAAGCAUUUUGGUUUGUAUGUUAUGUUUUCUUGUGUUGCUAUUAUUUAUAUUUUGCAUAAUUUUGUACCUGAUGGGAAUUUGUAUUUAUUUGAUGUAAAAGUUAGUUUUAAUUACAUUACCAGUUUUAAAUAAUUGUAAUAUAAAUAAAUUACACAAAAUGGAUC